ACGAACUCAAGGAUCAGAACCGAGUCACAGGACGAACUCAAGUCAGUAAAGUCGAGUCGUCUGUGAUCGAAACACCUCAGAGGAAACAAACUGCAGCGGACCCGCGAUGCGUCCACUCAGCUUCUGAAGUUUUCAAAGGAUGCAUAAAACACGCAGCCCCUCAUCCAUCCCGACAGGUGUCUCGAGAGAUGCUCUGGACCUCAGCUUGUCGGGCUCCCAGCUCUCAGUGUCCAAAAGACCCAGCAGUGCGUCACCUGGGAAGUGCUUCUCUCGCUCUGUGUCGGUGUCUGUGGCUGGUGACAGUAGAGGAAAACGCAACACGCUGAGUGAUGUCAGCUUUGGUAGCUCCCGCUCCAUCAAGAACCUGAGGCGGUCCAACAGCACCACGCAGGUCAAUCAGCAGGCCAACAUCAGUCUAAGUCAGGAGCAGAGUGAAGACUACUUGGCCUUGUUUGACAGCAGCUCUGAUGGACGCAAGACACUGUCCAGCCUCAGCAAGGCCUCGCCAGACAGAACCACAUGGAACAUCCUGGACGAUCAGCCCAGAGCUUUUCCUGUGCACUCGAGCCCUCGUAGCACCGGCAGCGUGGACUCUCCCACCAGCCUGAAGAAGAGAGAGCCUGGCAUUGCUCUGGCCGCCACCUUCACCGCCAACAACAGGAGCAACAAGGGAGCUGUGGGGAACUCUGUCACCACCAUCUUACACAACAACUAUUCUGAGAAACCGCUCACGCCAAAGAGCUCCAACCAGAAGCCGUCCUUUAACAACAUCCUGAAAGCUACAGCAAAUGAUGAAGUGUCACUGGAGAACGGAUCCCUCACUAAGUCCCAGAAGAAUUUCUCCUCAACAUCUUUAAGUUCCAACAACAGGUCUCCAGUGUUGGCUCUCCACGGCAGCCCCGUCCUGCUGCGGAGGAAGGAGGUCACAGAGGAGGAGGCUGAAAGGUUUAUUCAGCAGGUGAACCAGGCAGCAGUCACCAUCCAGCGCUGGUACAGGCGUCAGGCCAAGAGACGACACACAAACCAGGCAGCGCUCAAACGAAUCCUCGCAAGUAAAAGAAAGGAGUGGGAGGAGAGAACAGAGGAGGACAGUCGCCCGGAGCAGCUGCAGAAAAGGGACGAAGACAGGAAACGGAUUCGUGAAGAGAAAGCUCGUCUGGCUCGCCUCGCUGCCAUCCAGGAACUGCAGCAGAAACGAGCCCAGCGGGUUGCAGAGGUGCAGCAUGUGGCCGAUCUGGAGCUUGAAAACCCGCGGCAAAGUGGGGUUGGGCGGAAGAAACCACCCAAGAUUUCUUUGACCAACAAAAGUCCAGCGGCCACGCCGAGCAACAACAGCCCCGUGUCGCCCACAGUUGUCAAAGCCAAAAACACAGACUCAAAUUUGAACAUUGUGGCCGACGUAAGUGAACUGAGCUUCAGAGCCAUUUCUCCUGCUCUGUCCAAUCCCAGAGGCUCUCAGUGUUCCCAGGAGGACAGAGCAGAGGAGGAGCAGCACCAGGAGCAGCAGCACCAGGAGAACGACAGGAAACUGAUGCGUAAAGAGAAAUCUCGUCUGGCCCGCCUGGCUGCUGUGCAGGUGAUCACAGCUGAUGAGCUGCCGCAAAAAAGAACCCAGCGAGUGGCAGAGGCACAGCACGCAGCUGAAGCGGAAAGCAUGAAGCCGGCUGGUGUGAUUGAACGCAAGAAGCCACCAAAGAUUAUCCAGACCCACAGAAGUCCAGUCUCGCCGAGCAACAACAGCCCGAUGUCCCCAACAGACAUCAAAACUAAGAACACAGACACCAAUCUGAAUGUCGGGACUGACAUAGUGGAGCUCAGCUUCAGAGCCGUUUCCCCAUCGUUCUCCAAUCGCAGAGGGUCUCAGUGUUCCCAGGAAGCUCUGCAGAGGUCUGUGAAUGUGGAGGAGCAGCGUCAGGGAGCUUUGUCCAGCAGAGCUCAGUCUAAAACUACGCUCAACGAGCUGCUGGACACUCUGAAGCUGUUAGAGGACGAGCCGGAGAGGCUGUCCGAGCCGAAGUGCUACCGCAAGGAGAAAUACGCCUGGAUAGAUGAGGACCGAGACUCCAACUCUCUGACCACUGACAACCUGGAGCGCCACAGGCAGCUGAGCCACCACCCCGCACUACCAGACGGGGGCGCCCUGCUCUCUGAGGCCAAGCUGCAGAGCAUCAUGAGCUUCCUCGAUGAGAUGGAGAAGUCUGAACAGGAGAGACCUCGCUCGGUCACCUCAGGAUCACACAGAGAGGCUGUGUUGUCUGAGGAGGAGCUGGUCGGCGUUGAGCAGGCAUCGGCCACCGCUGCCGAAGUCACCGGAUCCAUGAUGAGAAUCAAGCUGGAGCUGGAGGAGAAAAAACGCACCGUCAACAUGCUGCAGGUGGCGCUGGCCCAGCAGAGGGAGCUGACGGUGAGACAUGUGAAUGAGACGGAGAAGGAGCUGAACAGAAACCUCCAUCUCCAGAAGGAACAAUAUGAGUCCACCAUCCAGAGACACCUCACUUUCAUUGAUCAGCUGAUCAACGAUAAGAAGUCUCUGAGUGAGCGCUGUGAGGGAGUGGUGGGAGAGCUGAAGCUGGUGGAUCAGAAAUACACCAAGAAGAUCGCACAGAUGCAGGAGCAGCAUGAAAUGGUUUGGCAAAUUCUGGGUCCCUUGUGCGAGGAGAUCAAGAAGUUGAAGGACCUAAUGAGCGCCACGGAGAAAAUACGCCGCGAGAAAUGGAUCGACGAGAAAACCAAGAAGAUUAAAGAGAUCACUGUGAAAGGUCUGGAGCCGGAGAUCCAGAAGCUGAUCUCUAAACACAAACAGGAGCUGAAGAAGCUGCGGACGCUCCACGAGGCGGAGCUGCUGCAGGCGGACGACCGGGCGGCCCAGCGCUACGUCCGCCAGUGUGAAGAGCUCCGCCAACACUUGGAGAAGGAGAAGGAAGAGCAGAGUCAGAGAGAGAGGGAACUCGCCAAACAGAGGUAUGAGAAGCAGCUUCAGGAGGAGGAGCUGUCCCUGCAGCAGCAGAGGAGGCGUCUCUACAAGGAGGUGUCUGAUGAGAAGGAGAGGUUGGCCCAGCUGGCUGCACGGCAGCGAGUGGAGCUGGAGGAUCUGCGGCGGCAGCUGGAGGAGAACAACUCUCUGGCUGGACGAGCGCUCAGAGAAGAGCUGGACAAAACCAGAGAGGAGCAGGAGAGGAGGCACCAGGUGGAGAUGAAGGCCUUACAAGAACGAUUGGCCAUCGAGAAGCAAACCUGGGAAGGAAACUACAAGAAGAAAGAGGAGGCGUGGCUUCUGAGCCGUGAGCGCGAGCUCAAAGACGAGCUGCGACGAGAACGCGACAAAGAGAUUGAACUCGCCAUCUGGACGCUGGAGGACGAAACGAGCAAGGACAAGGAGGAGUGUGAGAGGGCAGCUGACAACAGGGUGAAGCGUUUGAGGGAGAAAUUCGAGUCUGAGCUGAGGGAGCUGGAGCGCUCGGAGAGGGCGGCUGUGGAGAAACAACAAGAGCUGAGGAAGCAGCAGAUGGAGACGGAGGGAGAGCUGAUCCGACUUCAGGCCAUGCUCAGACAGAAAGAACUGGAGAUUGAGGACAUCACACAGACCAGGGACAAGCUGGCAGACGAGCGCCGCAGCCUGGCAGACGUGAUAAGGCAGGAGUUUGCUGACCGGCUGGUGAUGACGGAGGAGGAGAACCGCCGGAUGAAAGUGGAGGUGUCGGAGGUCAGGGCAAGGCUGCGGCUGGAGGUGGAGAGGGUGACCAGGGAGAAGGAGGAGGAGCUGGCUGAGGUCCAUAAACGAGUGAAGUCAGCCAUCUUGAAGAAGGAAGAAACGGUCAGUAAUCUCCGGAAGCAGCACGAGGCUGCUCUGAAGAGGGCGGAUCACCUGGAGGCCCUGUGGGAGCAGCAGAGGAAGCAGCUGCUGGAGAAGUGACUGACGGGAGGACCAGGUUUUCACCCGUGUGGUCGUCUCCCCUCCGCUCUCAUCUCCAUUGUGUCGUCCCCGCCUGACGGUUUUUUGUUUUGCCUGCAAGACGGAACCUGUAGAACUUCAGAGGGUUGAACAAGUGACUGAACCUUGUCCUACCUCAUUUGAAAAAUACAAAAUGGGGAAAUGCACUGGGCCUCACUGUACAGCCCCCCCUCCGCAACCUCGCCCCCCCCACCCUGUCAGACAUGAAGGAAUGUAUUGAGUUGGAAUUUCCCUAAAUCAAAUUCCAUAGCCCAGGUGGAACCGGAUAAAAACACUACAGAUGGAUGGACUUCUAAUUCUUCUUCUUCCCUGUCCCGAGGAGGACUUCUGCAUUUUCUAACUGACUGAACCCCCCACACGCCCUCCGGCUGCGGUCGGUGGGAGCAGGAACGCCUCCAUGUUCCCCACAGAGCUGCCACGGAGAACAGUUCCAGAUGUUUCUGAAACCAGCCCAGGCCUGCACCGGUGUGGGGGUCGCUCGUCUGAGAGGACCUCACGUUGUGUCAUCUUCACAGAUACUCUAUGAACUAAUGCCUGGAACAUGCCAAGCUCUUAAUGCCCCCCCCCCCCCUUUUUUGUGUGUGUGUUGAGUCAUGUGUUUGUCCCAGUGCCCCUCCCCCCUCAGCCUGGAGACGA